UCAUACAAAUGUCGUUUUGCUAACAAAUUGGUUGAAUGUUUUCGUCGCGUUCUAUAAUAGAGUGCUCACAUUUCCCGAUUAUAUCUUUGAAUAACAUUAAUAUGAACACGCUUGUUUGAUUCCUCGUCGCAUCAUGUACAUUAAACAGGUAAUUAUUCAAGGAUUCAAGUCCUAUCGUGAGCAGACAGUAGUUGAUCCUUUCGAUCCAAAACAUAAUGUAGUAGUUGGCAGAAACGGAUCUGGCAAAAGUAACUUCUUUUAUGCUAUUCAAUUUGUUUUGAGCGAUGAAUUCUCACAUCUUAGACCUGAGCAGAGGCAAGCACUGCUGCACGAAGGAACAGGACCACGUGUUAUAUCUGCACACGUGGAGAUUAUAUUUGACAAUGCUGAUGGCAGAUUACCGAUUGAUAAAGAUGAGGUUUAUUUAAGACGAGUAAUUGGUUCCAAGAAGGAUCAAUAUUUCCUUAACAAAAAAAUAGUGACCAGGAAUGAUGUAAUGAAUUUAUUAGAGUCAGCAGGAUUCUCCAGGUCCAAUCCUUACUAUAUUGUAAAGCAAGGAAAGAUAAAUCAAAUGGCAACAGCACCAGAUUCACAGAGAUUAAAAUUGUUACGAGAAGUAGCAGGUACUAGAGUGUACGAUGACAGAAGAGAAGAGUCAAAGUCCAUUUUGAAAGAAACAGAAGGAAAGAUAGAGAAAAUUGAGGAUUUUCUACGAACAAUCGAGGAGCGUUUGAAGACACUGGAGGAAGAAAAAGAGGAACUGAAAGAAUAUCAACGCUGGGACAAACAACGUCGUUGUCUAGAAUAUACAAUUCACGAACGCGAACUCAAAGAAAAUAAGAGAAAAUUGGACGAACUUGAGGAAUCUAGGGCGAAUAGUGGUGCUGAGCAAGCAAGGUUAGGAGCAGAAGCAAAAAAUGCGCAGGAGAUGGUACGUACUGCUACAAAGAGGCUAAAAGAAGCGAAAAAGGAAGUGCAGACUGCUAAGGAGGAAAGAGACACUCUCAGUGCGGAGCAGCAGCAAUUAUUAAAAGAGAAGACUAAGUUGACUUUAACUAUUAAUGAUUUACUGGAGGAAGUGAAAGGUGAUAAUGAUAGCAAAAAGCGUGCUCAACAAGAACUUGAAAAGUUAAAAGCCACUAUUGCUGUUCGGGAAGACGAGCUAAGGGCUCUUAAGCCAGAGUAUGAAAAAAUGAAACGUGUCGAAGAGGAGUGUACUCGAGAUUUACAAUUAAAAGAGCAGAAACGUAAAGAGUUAUAUGCUAAACAGGGUCGUGGCAGUCAGUUCACCACUAAGGAUGAAAGAGACAAGUGGAUACAAAAUGAGCUUAAACAGCUCACUAAACAGAUAAAGGAUAAAGAAGAACAUCAUAAAAAAAUCAGUGAGGAUUUAAAACGCGAUGGAGAGAAACAGAUCGCUCUAGAGAAGAAAAUAGAAGAUCAUUCACGCGAGAUGGAACGACAACGUGCAUCAAUAGAUGAUCAUAAUAAACAAUAUUAUGAGUUGACAAAAGCGAAGGAUCAGUGUCAAGCAACCCGAAAAGAGCACUAUCGACAAGAGAGCGUAUUGCAACUAAAUUUAUCUGGUCUAAAGGAAGAUUUAGCAAAAGCGGAUCAAAGCCUGAGAUCUAUGGCUGGCAAACCUAUUUUGAAUGGUAGAGACAGCGUGCGCAAAGUGUUGGAUACUUUUCGGCAGCGGCAGGACAUGGCUCAUGAAGUGAGCAGUUAUUACGGACCUGUAAUUGAAAAUUUCAAUUGUGAGAAAAGCGUUUAUAUGGCAGUCGAAGUAACUGCUGGAAAUCGGUUGUUCCACCACAUUGUGGAAACCGAUAAAUUCGGCACAAAAAUUUUGAAAGAAAUGAACAAUCAACGGUUGCCGGGCGAGGUAACUUUUAUGCCUCUAAAUAGACUUCACGUGAAAAACAUUGAUUAUCCGAAAACUUCUGAUGCUAUACCUAUGAUCCACAAGUUGAAUUAUGAUGCUAAAUUUGAUAAGGCAUUAAGAUAUAUAUUCGGAAAAACUCUAAUUUGCCGCAAUCUGGAGGCAGCGACGACUUUGGCGCGAGAUUCUGGUUUAGAUUGCGUCACCUUAGAAGGAGACCAAGUUUCAUCCAAGGGUUCCUUAACUGGCGGAUAUUUCAACACACUCAGAUCGCGUCUUGAAAUACAAAAAACAAGAUCGGAAUUAAUGGCUCAGAUUUCUACUCUUGAGACUCAAUUGACAACACUUAAAGACGACAUCAAAAAAGCGGAUCAAAAUAUUAGCUCUUAUGUUAGUGAAAUGCAGAGAACCGAAACAAGGAAUAGCAAAGCUAAAGAUAUAUAUGACAAAAUGAAAGCAGAAAUACGUCUUAUGAAGGAAGAAUUGAGCGCGAUAGAAAGAUAUCGAACACCAAAAGAGAGAAGUCUUGCACAGUGCACAUCAAGUUUAGAGGCAAUGCGCGCGACUAAAGAUGGUCUAGAGAGUGAAUUACAUCAAGAACUUAUGGCCCAACUAUCUGUCGCCGAUCAGCAUCAGGUUGAUACUUUAAAUGAUGACAUACGGCGCUUAACGAAGGACAACAAAGAAGCGUUUGCGAAACGAAUGCAAUUAGAAGCAGAAAAGAAUAAAUUAGAAAAUUUAUUAACAAACAACUUGGUGAGAAGAAAGGAUGAGCUAGUUCAAGCUUUGCAAGAGAUAUCAGUCGAGGAUCGACAGCGGCAGCUCGACUCGUCGAAAACCCAAUUGGCAGAUAUCGAAAAGAGAUUGGUGAAAGUAAACGAGGACUUCAAAAUACAGAAUGAAAAAGUGACCAGUGCUAUGAAGAAACAAAAAGCGGAAUCUUCUGAAGUCGAGAAAUGGAAGGUAAAGGAAAAAGAAGCACAGGAGAAAAUAGAAGCGGACGCGAAAGACUUGGAGAAAUUAGCAAGCAAGCUAAAUAUCCUGCAACAGAAAAUAGUGGAAUGUACACAGAAAAUCACUGAACUCGGCGCGUUGCCCAGCCACGAAGCUUAUUCUAAAUUUAAUACAAUGUCUACAAAACAACUCUUUAAAGAAAUGGAAAAGGCAAACAAUCAUCUAAAGAAAUACAGUCAUGUAAAUAAAAAAGCCUUGGAUCAGUUCAUGUCCUUCAGUGAUCAAAAAGAAAGAUUAGUGAAACGAAAGGAAGAGUUAGACCGAGGCGACGAGAAAAUAAAAGAACUUAUGUCAGUGCUCGAACAACGCAAAUGUGAGGCGAUACAGUUUACGUUUAAGCAGGUGAGCAAGUAUUUCAGUGAAGUGUUCAAGAAACUUGUACCUUCGGGACAUGCGCAAUUAGUCAUGAAAACUGCGGACGGCGAUGAAGGGGAUGACGGAACAGCGGAACCAUCUGAUUCCGACAGAUUCAUUGGCGUUGGUAUAAGAGUGUCAUUCACGGGUCACAGAGCCGAAAUGCGAGAGAUGAAUCAACUGUCCGGUGGACAGAAAUCACUCGUGGCAUUGGCACUAAUAUUUGCGAUUCAAAAGUGCGAUCCUGCUCCGUUUUAUUUGUUUGAUGAAAUCGAUCAAGCGUUGGACGCGCAACACAGGAAGGCAGUGGCAGAUAUGAUUCACGAACUUAGUUCAGAUGCCCAAUUCAUCACCACGACAUUCAGACCGGAAUUAUUGCAUCAUGCGAAUAAAUUCUACGGAGUAAAGUUCAGGAAUAAAGUUUCACACGUCGAGUGUGUGACGCGAGAAGAGGCGGCUGAUUUCGUAGAGGACGAUACAACACAUGGUUAAAUAUAUAGUAUAUCUUAUUUAUAUAAAAUAUCUGAUCAUUGGAAAAAAAAAUCAUUUCCUUUUUUAUGAAUCCGGAAAAGAUAUAAAUCCGGAUAUAUAUCGGUC